CCAGCGACGUCGACGACUCUUCCCAUCGCCACGGCCGCCAUGCAGCUCCUGAUCCUCGCCAUGCUGGUCGCCGGGGCAGCAGCAGCAUCCUUACAACGAGUGGAACGCAUAGUCCCUGGUGGGAAGCCCUGCAUCCCCGGCUCCCGGCCCUACCAAGUGGCUCUCAUGAAGGACGGCCACAUCCUCUGCAGCGGGAGCCUGGUAGACAGGAAAUGGGUGAUGACUGCAGCAAGCUGCCGCAGAAACAUCUGGUCAGUGCGGGUGCAUCUGGGGGAUUAUAAUCUGAAGACGAACGAAGGCACAGAACAGAUUCGAGGAGUUAAAAAUAUCAUCAUGCACCCGGGGUAUAAUAGCCACCUUAAGGACAACGACUUCAUGCUCCUGGAGUUGGAUGAACCGGCUGAACUCAACAACAACGUGAAAACAAUCGGCCUGGCGACCCAGUGUCCUGCGCCUGGAACAAAGUGCACUGUGUCAGGAUGGGGCACCAUCACGACCCCGCAACGUAAGGAGCCUUGGGAAGUGGAAGGGAAGGAUUGA